AUGUCGUUAUUAACGGACGCGCUAACAAGACGACAGCCUCUUCGUAUAUUGGAUUUAGUAUACUUUUUAUAUUUUGCUACUCACAUUCCUGUCACUGUACUCAUUGAUUUUCAAUUGUUUUGCCCAUCCCAUUGGGUCCCUCAAAUACUGAAAGAUGCCUUGGCCUUUUAUGUAACGACAUAUAAAGACCCGUUCAUGGGCAGCACUACUCCCGUCUAUUGGUAUUCAAGUUUUGUUGUAUGUGAACUAUUAUUUCAGUUACCAUUCUUUUUUAUAGCAUGCAUUGGGCUUGUCAAAGCCUAUGGUGCCCAUGUUGCUACAACAGUCCUGCCCUCCGUUGUUGAAAUUCUGUGCAGUCCGACAUUUAAGCUAACUCAAAUUGAGCGCUAUAUUCUCUGUGCCUUCUAUGUUCCUUACUUUUGUCUACCGGUUAUUAUGGUGAUUGAUUCAUAUUAUCGCAUCAAUAGUUACCUCAGAAUGAACACUGAAAAAAAGUUGCAAUAA